CCCGGGUGGCUUACGCACUCACAUCCGCCUUUACGCGAUGACGCAAUUUUUGCCUCGUUGGAAGGUAGUUUCAGGAGGAAGUGGUGCCGUGACAGUAGACUACUAUUAACUGCAGCCAAGAAACGCUGAGUGGAGAAACCCAAAGACACCCGGACGCUCUCACUCGAAUGGUAUUUUUGACAUCUGUCAUCGAACGAUGUCAGUCACUGAGGACCUUCCCGACAUGGAUGGAACAGACCUGUUGGGGCUGCUGUUCCACAACGAAGUGGAUGGAUCCACUGAGCCUCUGUUUGCUGAUGGGAACGGACUCAUUGAAUCCUGGCUGUCGGAGCAAGAUAUGCUGACGGGAAUGGAUACUGAAGACUUUCUGUCCAGCUUGUUGGAGGGAGGGUACAACACGGAGGCCAUCGGCCCCUCUCACUCUCCCUUGGGCAGCGACAGCGGCAUUUCUGACGACAGCAGCACCGGGGCUGGAAACCACACCCACCUGGGAUGCCCAAGUCCCCAGGGCAGCGACAGCGACGUGGUGCCCAGUCCCCGCUCCUCCGAGCCCAGCCCGGUGCACUCGGACCAGGCCGCGGCUCCCGGAGAGAUGCAGACCGAGAGCCUGGAGUCUUUGACGGUCCAGGCGGAUCACAGCUACUCGCUGCUGCAGGGCGGGGGCCGCGACGUGGACGCGCUGCAGAGCGUGAGGGCGGAAAAGCCAGAUACCGAUGUCUUCAUUGAUCUGGACGACUUGGUGAGUGACGCAAUAGAGGAGGACUUCACAGACGAGCUGCCUUGCACAUUGGACAUGGAGGACUCAACACAGGAUUUGACCCCAGCAGACCAGUUCCAGUUUCACGAGAUAGUGCUCACUGAGGAAGAGAAGCGGCUUUUGGGGAAAGAGGGAGCAACGAUUCCCACACACAUGCCACUCACAAAGGCUGAGGAGAGGACCUUGAAGAGGGUCAGGAGGAAGAUCCGCAACAAGCAGUCUGCUCAGGAGAGCCGCAAGAAGAAGAAGGUGUAUGUCGACGGACUGGAAAACAGGGUCGCCAUCUGUACCGCACACAACCUGGAACUACAGAAGAAAGUGCAAAUGCUCCACAAACAGAACAUCUCUUUGAUAGAGCAACUGAAGAAACUGCAGGCGAUUGUGAAGAUGUCGACAAUGAAGGCCAGCACAACCAGCACUUGUGUCAUGGUGUUCCUGCUCUCUUUCUGUCUCAUCAUCUUCCCCUCAGUCAAUCCGUUUGGGGCCAACAAAGAUCAGAAGGAGCAGUACACACCCUCCUCCCUCAUCUUCCGGACUUUGCGCUCGGUGCCACAAGAGAGCACAGAUGUCAUAUCCUACUUCGAGCCGGAGGACGAGGAAGUUCUCUUGGUGCCCCAAGCCGAGGUGGAGAACUCGAAAGCCUUCUCCACCGGCGGCCAGAAGAAUCACACGCCCGGCUUCCAGGCGCUGGAGCAGCCCGACCCCGAAACGGGGGUGAGCAGCAACUCCUCGGCGGACUUCCCCGCUGCCGCCCAGGCGGCGGAGAUGAAGCCGGGGCCGGCUGGCGGAGCGGGGCCCUUGCAGGAAGGAUCCAUCGAUGCCGCUGUGGCCUACGAAGUCACGGGAUCCAAGGACAACUGGAUAGACCGGAACCCUCCGUCCGUCAUCCUCCAGCAGCGCCGCUCAGAUGAAAUGUAGUGGGAGAUGAUGAUCGAUGUGACCAGCAGAGGGAGCUACAUGUUGCUACUGCUUUGCCAGUGUUACUUAAACUGGCAAAAGGAUGAAGGGAAUAUACCAGGAAUUAUUAAGCUCUUCAAUCAAAUCUUCUGUCCCUGAUUUUCCCCUCUUAUAACCUUCCGAUGUUCUACUGUUUACUUUAUUUGCACUUUUUCCCAUGUCCAGUAAGCAAAAAGGAACUGGAGAGAUUCCCAUAUUUCCGGAGUUUGAACUACCUACAGAAUUAGACACUGCCGCCAUAAACUCAACGGGUUUACAUCUGUGGGCCACACGCAACCUAAGUAGCACUGAGGGCUCUUAUUUUUUAAAGCACAAUGCGGCGGUGAUGGGAGAAGUUUUAUCUGAUUGGCUAUUGCUACGUUUUAGGGGGUCGGUGCUACGUUUGGUCCCCGUCUCUCAUCAACUAAAUAUUAACAUGAAUGACUCUGAGUACGUUGUUGUGAAAAUAAGGAGCCAGACACAUCCAUUGCAUCGUAGAAAAUAGGCUGCUUGAUUCUCGCGAAGCUUGAAUGAAGUGGUUGCUUGACCACCGUAAUGCUUAAGCCAUUGCAGGACAUUUGGCCAUUUAGAAGACUUUUAAAGUUGUGUUAGUAUUUCCCUUGUAACAAGGGUAUCCAUGGUCCUUUUAAAAAAAAAAAUGGAACGCUUUGUUUUUAUGCUGUACAGUAAAGCAAGAAAUAUAAUGUCACAAUGUAUAAAAACUUUUGAAUUUGCCAUCGUCCGCCAACCGUAGUGAACCCCUACAAUCCCCCCCCCCCCCCGUUCGAUGGGACGGCUCCUCUUUCAGAACGUGGGGUUUGAAGUAAAUCUGUGUAAGAUAAUAUAAACCGUGUUGCAGUAAAAUGUACUCAAAAAUGUAAUGACCUGUUUUGUCAGCGAGGCAUUUCUUUCUUUAUUGUUUAUUACGUUACCUACUGUAGUAUGUGGAAUCAAAUGGUAUUGGAACUGCUUUUUGUUAUUACUCGACAGUCGGUGAGAUUUUAAAUGUUGAUCAUCGUUAAACAAAUGCACUUGUCAUUUGACACAGUCCAGGAAUCAAAUGUUAAUACUGUUAAAUGAUCGUGGUGUUCUGUACAUUGGAGCUCUUUAUGUAAAGGACAUUUCUGGGCAUCUAUAAUGAUAAUAAACUUUUAUAUAUAUAUAUAUAGGAAAAAAGUUGUCUUGAACCCUUUAUUCAAGUUUCACCUGAGAAGUUACCUCAUACACCUGUAAAGUUUCAAAUGCCCGCCCCAGCUUUUACAACCUUGCUUAUACAACCUAUGCUCAGGAUGUGCUAGUGCAGCCACAAUCUGGAACAGUUUGCGGCACCUUUCCUGUUGCAUUUCUCAGUUUAACCUGCAUCGUUAUUUUCACAGCCACCCAGGGAUCUCCCUUUAUCAUCUAAGCCAGACUGCUCACUGCAUUCACAUC